AUGGCCGAGGGGGAGGAGACCAAGGUGGAGGGAACGAGAGAGGAAGAGAGAGCGGAUGCAGGGGCGGGAGCGGAGGAGGAGGAGGUAGAGGUGAAGUUCCGGCUCUUCGACGGCUCUGACAUCGGCCCCAUCCGCUGCAACGCUGCUGCUACCACCGUCGCCGCACUCAAGGACCGUGUCGUUGCCGACUGGCCCAAAGAUAAAACAAUUGUCCCAAAGAGUGCUAAUGAUGUGAAACUGAUAAGUGGAGGCAAAAUUCUAGAAAAUGACAAGAAUAUUGCACAGUGCAGAGCACCUUUUGGUGAUCUUCCCAGCACUGUUAUAACAAUGCAUGUCGUUGUCCAGCCAUCAUCCGCGAAGUCAAAACCAGACAAGAAGACGAACAAGUUGCCUAAGACCACUCGCUGCUCUUGUACUAUACUAUGA